UAAUUCAUGAUAUCUAUAUUUUCUUACAUUAUGUAAUUUCCUUUAUUUUGGAUUAGCUUUUAGCCGACACAUUUUAUGUUUUUCCCUCUGGUAUAGUGGAAAUACGAAUAGAUAUUCAGGUUUAUGCCAUAUGGUUCAGAAGUUAGUAAACAUAUUGAAACAGAUGGAUCAAAAGGAUCCUUUUCGGAUUGAUAUGACUGACAAGCUUCUGGAAAAACUUUACAACAUGGGUGUGAUUCCAACCAGGCAAAGCAUCAUGCUAUGCAAACGCUUAACUGUGUCAUCCUUCUGCAGGCAUAGGCUCUCAACAGUUUUGGUGCGACUAAAAUUUGCAGAGCACUUGAAAGAAGCCGUCACAUACAUUGAGCAAGGGCAUAUACGAGUUGGUCCAGAGACAGUUACAGACCCAGCUUUCCUUGUAACUAGAAACAUGGAAGACUUCGUUACAUUGGUGGAUUCAUUCAAAAUAAAGAGAAAGGUGCUUCAGUACAAUGACAAGUUGGAUGACUAUGAUUUAAUGAAUUAAGUGGAAGGCUAAUUAGUUGUAGUUUACUGUAUGAAUCGUGGACGAGUGUUUCCCUUGGCAGGUAGCUUAAACAGGCUUGGAAUUUUUUUUCUUUUCAAUUUUUAAAUUCAUGCCAGAUUAAGGUGAUGAUGUAAUGA